AUGGUUGAAGUAUCUGACGAACCACUCGAUCACGUAGAUGAAACAUUCAACGCACAUGACAAUCAAGGAACCGAAACAAAUGGAUCCAAAAGAGUAAGUAAGGGCUCUUCUCAAAGCUCCCAAUGCUUGGAAUCUUGGCAUACCUCCGUCAGAUUUCGAGAGAUAGUACCAAGUACCAUAAAUUCCGCUGACCGUGACAUGGAUCACGUUUUUCAACACCUCGGUGAUGUAGUAGCCAGCAAAGAAAACAAACACCAGCAGUCCAACCAGCUUGGAGUGGUUCGAGCUACCAGAAGUUUGGUCUCCCCAUUUCAUGUAACUGGCAACCACGGUAGCAGAAAACAAUGCAGAAAAGGCACCCACGACAAUAAAUCCAAUUCCCGUGAUAAUCCACGUACUUGGGUGUUGUUUCAUGACAUCAAUGAUGAUGGUCAUGACGGUCGCACUAAAAGGGAUUCUGCUUCUCAUACACCAAUACGAGAAUGCAGUGAUUGCAGUGAAAACAAGGAAAACAACACCUGCAGAGUAGUAUCCCUUGACCAGAUAGGCAAUGGCAGUACCCAGUCCCAGAAUGACGUUCAAAAUUAA